CAAACCAAAGAUAAGCUUUCUCUAUUUAUCGAAUUUGUCCCCAAUUGAACCCAAACCGAAUAAUUUAUUCGGUUUAAUUUAUACGGUUCACUCGAACCGGCAUAUCCAGUUCAUAGAGAGGGUUUACGGAGGUUUUGGUGGAAUUGCAGAAAGCAGUAGAAGAAAGAAUCGGAGAAAAUGGCUGCAAUUGGGAUCGCUUCUAGGUCUACUACAUUCAUGAGAUCCAUCCAUAGAACCGCUGCUACACGAAAUUUGAUCUCAUCCAGAUCUAAACCCUCCGUCCCAAACCCUAAUUUCACUUCCCCGCGCUUCAACACUUCUUCUCGCAUCGAAGGCUCUGUUCCCAGGUUUCUACGGAGAGAAUUAAGCACACAACAACCAUUUCACAGCCUCGUUGCUGCAGCUUGCCUUGUUUCGAAACUUCCUUCUGAUGUCACUUCUUAUGAAGGUAGAUUUGCAAACUAUCUCAGUCCCAUCUAGUACCAGCACUUGAAGUAGAUGGGGUGACUUAACAUCCCGGGGAUUGUUUUGCGCUAAGUUUGAUGUUUUCAAGGAAAUUCAGGUUCUUAAGUUCAAUCUGUCAACCGUAUUUGCAAUCUCUCAGACUCAGUUUAGAUUACAUUUUUUGGCAGAUGUUACUACUUCCAUUUAGUUUUACUUGGGUUUGUAUCUUAUUAAUCAAAUGAUGAUUCAACCAUAGUUAUUGUCAGAAUGUAAGAUAAGUUCUCUCGGAUUCAUCUACUCUUUUGAAUUAGAGAAUAAGAUUGUUUGCGCGGGACGAGACCUUUUCGUUUCUUA